AUGUCCAAACGCCUUCGGGAAGAUGAUACGUUUGAUCUGCCUUCUGCAAAGCGAAAUCGGGACCUUGUGACUGGCCCUGUCGAUCGGCUAUCUUCUUUGAGUGACGAACUUCUGCUCAAUAUUCUGUCAUUUCUUCCAGUAUCGUCUCUGAAUGUGUGCCAGACGUUGUCUCAUCGAUUCCACACUCUUAGUGGGGACUCGGAGUUGUGGAAACGACAGUAUUACUCGCAAUGGGUACGCCCUCGUGCCCGUCGACUGGCCAAUGUAAGGCGUUCAACAUUGCCGGCCAAAACAGAGUAUUCGCCAAAGGUCUCAACAUGGCUUGAUCACAGCCAUUUAGCCGAGGAAGGAAAAGUGACGAAUUGGAAAAGACAGUAUCGAUUGCGGCACAAUUGGUCGCGCGGACUAUGUCGGGUCACUGAAGUCGAGUUUCCUCAACCGACAUCUCCUCCUUCAUUGGUCAAGCUUUGUGCUGGUAAUGUCUUCACGGCGGAUGCUCCCCAUGGACUUAGAGCGUGGGCCGCAAGAGACCCAGCGAGCUGUCUAGCAAAUAUCCCCUUUUCAGACGAAAGAGAGGACUCCACCGUGCUUCCAACAGCACUAGCGGUGAAUCAACAGCAGGAUCAACAAGAGAUUGUGGUGGGUUUUGAGAAUGGCCGUUUCAAUCGCUACGUUUUUGACGUCCAGACCUCCCGCUUGAUCUUACACUCGUCACAUGUCGGACUCAGUGAUGGGGCCAUUACCGCUAUGGCUCUUUCGUCGCCAUACCUCCUGAUCGUCUCCCAGCACAAGACUUUGUCGUUAUACAAUCUCAGAGGUCAGUCUCACCGGCCUGAGGCAGCCAACGAUAUCACCCAGCCGCGUGAACUUGUAUCACUCAAAGCGGAAAACAUGAUCGCGCCAAUGACGCUGUCUCUCCGGGUUUCAGCUUUGGAGAUCGUGGCCACCAUUGUGUACAGCUUCUUUCAUAUUGGCUGUGGGUGGUCACAGGGGAUGCAAGAACUACGGUUUGAUAGAGACGGUCAACAACUCGACUGUCGUAUUGCGAGUACGGUUGAUUCACAAUACGGAAUGAGACCGCUGCAAGGUCUAUCGCCAUCAUUGAAACGACGGCAUUCUGCCUCUUUCGAGCCCACCGACAUUGAAGGUUCGACCCCCGCCGUCCCCUCCAUCUUGCACCAACAGCAGCCAACUUCGAUGUCAUAUUCUCAUCCGUAUCUGCUGACCUCGCAUGCGGAUAAUACUCUGACCAUGUAUAUUGUGGUCUCCGAUUUGAGCUCUCUGUUUGUUCGCGGAGGGCAGCGUCUUUGGGGCCACACAUCCUCCGUGUCUACCGUACAAGUCACAAAUCGCGGCAAAGCGGUGUCAGUGAGCACUCGUGGAGAUGAAAUCCGCAUAUGGGAACUUGAGGCAGCGGUCCCUUCGCUGGGCAGCCGGAGGCCCUUGAAAGCCGAGAACAGCAUUCAAGUCAGCCCUGAGAACAAACGACGGAUGGAAUCGGGGUCGGGCCGCGUGCCCAAAAGCAUCCAACAGGAUGCGGGCGGACUUGGGACAGUUCCCAGUGCCCCGCAGGAGAUAUCGCGAAUGCAUGAAUGCGUUGGGUUUGAUGAAGAGCGAGUUCUCCUCCUCCGAGAGAAGCAAGUUGGCACCCAGCUUCUGGAAUGUUAUGAUUUCACAUAG